AUGGAUUUAGCGGGAGACAAAGACGUAAAUAUUGCAAUUUCUAACAAAUCCUUGAAAGGAAUGGAGGAAGAAACAAUUGGGGAUAUGGCGCAACAGAUUUUACGAGAUAAUCUUAGCAUUAGAGAUGUAAGAGCUGAAGCUUAUGCCUUAGCCCUAUCAGCAAAAAAUACUAACGCUGGCUCAUCACGUUUCACUCGUCUUCAUAGAGAAUUAAGGAACCUUAGUGCAUUACUUGAGAUAAUUGAGGUUACAAAAUUUCCAGAUAUUACAGAAGAUGCCAACAAAAUCCAGAGUAUUAAUCGAAAAAAAGCUGAAGCUAAAUGUAUCGAUUAUCUAGAUGAAUUUACAUUAGAAUCAGCUCUUGCUGAUGUUAUGGUGAUGCUUUGUAUUCGUCCUGCUGAACUUAAAACUUUACGCAUUACAGAUGCUGGAGUGACGGGAUAUGCGAAGAAUCGAGGAGCAGUUUAUGGUGCAGUAGCAUAUGAAGCUAAGAAUAUGGCCCACGCUUAUACAAUUGCUGGAGAAUGUCUACGUCAUUCAUCUGAUAAUUAUACUUCUCCUGUGCAAAAUUACGUUGUAGUCAAUUAUAGAAAAAGAGGAGUUCCUUAUAAGCAAGCAAGACGAUUUCAUAUCUAUGAUCAAGAUUAA